UUUAAAUGCGGACGCUGGUGCUGGCUCCGUAACACGGGAGCCGGCAGCUUGUUGAUUUCUGAGCUGGUGAAUUUCACAUUGUUUCCACUUCACUUUCCUCGCCCCGGGGGGAGGCUACGGUCGGCUCCACGACCGCUGUCGUCGCUGCCAGCGAGGGCCAGGGGAGAGCAGGGACGCGCAGCAUCGGGACGGGCGUGGGGCCAGAGAAAAGGGUGUCGGGGCCACACACGCACCCUCGCUGCAGUCCAGCUCCUCCCGGAGCCCGGAGCGCACGGAGCGGGGGAGCGCCCGCCAGCCCGCCCACGGGCCGGGGCCACAGCCCGGGAGCCGGCGAGGGGAGGAGGCCCCGGGGGGCGGGGUGGGGGGCGGGGGUGGGUGCCGCGGCUACCGCGGAGCUGCUACUCGGCGCGUUUUGCAUGAAGAUGGCGGCUCCCACCGCCAGCAAGGCAGCCUCCCUGGGCUGUAACAACAAGCCUACGUUCCCGGAGCUGGAUUUCAGGUCGGGAGCCCGGGUGGAGGAAUUGAACAAACUCAUCCAAGAAUUUACGAAGCACGACCAGCGGGAAUACGACGACCAGAGAGCGCUGGAGAUCCACACAGCCAAGGAUUUCAUCUUUUCCAUGCUGGGAAUGGUGCAAAAGCUGGACCAAAAACUUCCAGUGGCUAAUGAGUACCUGUUGCUCUCUGGAGGAGUCCGGGAAGGUGUGGUGGACCUGGACCUAGAUGAGCUUAAUGUCUAUGCCCGGGGGACUGACUACGAUAUGGACUUCACGCUUUUGGUGCCAGCCCUCAAGCUGCAUGACCGUAAUCAGCCUGUGACGCUUGAUAUGCGCCACUCAGCCUUGUGCCACUCCUGGCUGAGCCUUCGGCUCUUUGACGAAGGGACGAUCAGUAAAUGGAAAGACUGCUGCACCAUCGUAGAUCACAUCAAUGGUGCCACCAACUACUUCUUCUCCCCUACCAAAGUGGCCGACUGGUUCUAUGACUCCAUCAGCAUUGUACUAUCAGAGAUACAGAAGAAACCCCAGCGGGGGAUGCCAAAGGUAGAAAAGGUAGAAAAAAAUGGGACCAUCAUCUCCAUCAUUCUGGGUGUAGGGAGCAGUCGCAUGUUGUACGAUAUUGUCCCUGUGGUAUCUUUCAAAGGUUGGCCUGCAGUGGCCCAGAGCUGGCUCAUGGAGAACCACUUUUGGGAUGGGAAGAUUACUGAGGAAGAGGUCAUCAGUGGGUUUUACUUGGUGCCUGCUUGCUCCUACAAGGGCAAGAAGGACAAUGAGUGGCGGCUGUCCUUUGCGCGGAGCGAGGUGCAGUUGAAGAAGUGUAUCUCUAGCAGCCUCAUGCAGGCCUAUCAGGCUUGCAAAGCCAUCAUCAUUAAACUCCUGUCCCGGCCCAAGGCUAUCAGCCCCUAUCACCUGCGGAGCAUGAUGCUCUGGGCCUGCGACAGACUUCCGGCCAACUACUUGGCUCAAGAAGACUAUGCAGCCCACUUUCUGCUGGGCCUCAUUGAUGACCUGCAACACUGUCUGGUCAACAAGAUGUGUCCCAAUUACUUCAUCCCUCAGUGCAACAUGCUGGAACACCUGUCAGAGGAGACAGUCAUGCUCCACGCCCGGAAGCUCUCUUCUGUACGCUCAGACCCGGCAGAGCACUUGCGCACCGCCAUCGAGCACGUCAAGGCGGCCAACCGGCUGACGCUGGAGCUCCAGAGGCGAGGCAGCACCACCAGCAUCCCCUCCCCGCAGUCCGAUGGAGGGGACCCCAACCAGCCUGAUGACCGUUUGGCCAAAAAACUGCAGCAGCUUGUGACUGAGAACCCGGGAAAGUCAAUCUCUGUCUUUAUCAACCCUGAUGACGUCACAAGGCCCCAUUUCAGAAUUGAUGACAAAUUUUUCUGAGUGUUUUGCUGACUUUUUCCCCCUGGUUCUAAAACUCUCAUAAUGUGUAGUGUGGUUUGUGAUGCUUUCUGUUUUUUACAUAUCCAGCCUCAGUUGGAUUUGUUAAAAACAAAUUUUAAGUUUCCUGGUUCUGCAGGAUGGUGCAGGCUCUGAAACAGUAUAUUACUAUUUCACAUUCUGCCUCUGAUUUUGUUGUUGUUUAUAUUUUGUAGUUGUCACAAAGUUUUGUUUGUUGGUUGCUGUUUUUUUUGUUUGUUUGUUUGUUUUUUUAAGGAGAACUUGAGCCAUAGAUGAAAAUGCCCAUGAGUCCUCUUGCUUUUUUCUGUUUCGCACUUUGUGCAAAUUUGUUAAUGUUUAUGGGGAAACAAAACUCUUUUUGACAAUUAAGGAUUCUAUUAUUUUUUUUUUUUGUCUUUCUUUUUUGAUGAGCUUUCACAACUACUGAUUUUUGAGAAUCACAUGAGGUGGGGAACUACCUGGCAGGUUAGCUGGGUUUAUUUCUUUUGACCAGUGGCCAGAGUAGUUUUCCCUCUUUCCAUCAGACAAUGUAAACUUUGAAAGUGAGAAUGCUACAAAUUGUGUUUUGGAGCAACUUCAUUGAAUGUAAUUAUUCUCAAAUCAGAGAACAUUGGAUGGUUUGGAGGGUGUGUUUGAUAGUUUUCCAAACAGAAUUAAGGUUUCCAAAUGUUAGUUUAGCAUAUGUAAUUAUUUGAAGCCUUAUUUAAAUCCUAUUAAAGAAAGUACCAUUAUAAUUAUUAUUUGCACUAAUGAAAUCUUUGCCAUUGUCAGAAUUGCAAAGUGUGUUUCAAUAUAAAUUAACAUCCACUGUUGAAGUGCUAUCAUUUUUUCAUUUAGCCCAUUUUGCUCUAUCAGUGGAAUGAUUCUUUGCAUUUGUUUAGUUCUCCUUUAAUUGUGGGGUCCUGUUUUGCCCUCUGUGAUAUUCCUGGUUCCUGUCAUACUAGAGAAGUUUUUAAAGCUUUAUACUGUUAAUUGACUCUAUCUAAAGCUGGGGAAAAUGUAUACUUGAUAAAGUAGGUGUCUUUGUAUUUAUUUCUUUUGGGGUAUAGAGGUAUGCUUUUUUGUAAAGUCUCUUUGCUUCUCCUGAGAGUUUUGAGGAAAACUGGCAGGAAGAAUUUAUAAUCCCCAAAUAGAAGAUCCCAUGUCUGUUCAAAAGCAGAUUUUGCUAUAGGGCAGGAACCAGGAAAUACCUGUGGGUGUCAGGCUUGUUAUAGAGGUGUCCUCUCUUCAUGAAUGAAAUUACUUGCCAGGUUUAGGUGCUGCAAGGCUUUGGGCCCCUGUUUUAGUAUGGACUCAUGGCAAACUAGUGUUUGAGGGGUUGGGGUCUGCUGAUCUCUCAAAGGACACCAUGAUGUCCACUAAUGGAAAGGCCAAACAACAUCUUGGUUUUGGUCUUGAAUGUCCAGACUCAUAGGUUGGACUUUGGCCAAUUGAGAUCAGAUAUGUGGUCUUAGGUUUUUGCAUGGGAAUUAAUGUAAUGCUUUUAAAUGAAAAUGAGAUCAUUAAACCAUCUUAAGUCAAACACAAUAAUAAUAAUAAUAAUAAAAGGAAACAUACUGGCCUUGAAA